CGAUUUUCAACAAUGGCGCCGUGGUGGGGGAAGGGCAGCCAUAAAGCAACCUCCGUGGUUGUCAAAAUGGAAAACCCGAACUGGUCAAUGGUGGAACUCGAAGCUCCUUCGAAAGACGAUUUCCUCAUCGCCAACUCACCGUCCAGUCCACGAGAAAAAAGGCGCGGAAAAAACGUCAAGCAACUCACUUGGGUCCUCCUCUUAAAAGCGCACCGUGCCGCCAGUUUCUUAACCUCCAUUGGCUCCACAUUGGUCAGCCACUGUUCAGUUGUCCGUCGCCGUGACGCCUCCGGACGAACUGACGAAAACAGAACCGUUAGAACCGGUUUCUAUAACUCCAUUAGACUGUUCCUCGGGUUAUCACUGUUGCUAUUGGGUUUCGAGAUUGGCGCGUUUUUCAAAGGUUGGCCGCAACUUCAUUUACAAUAUAUCCUGACGUUUCCCCUUGGUGUUAAAGAAAUGUUGGAUUGGUUGUAUGACGGUUGGGUUUUGAUUGUGGCCGAUUAUGUCUCCCCUCCUCUUCAGUUUCUCGCCAAUGUUUGCAUCGUGCUCUUCCUUGUACAAAGCUUGGACCGGUUAAUUCUCUGUUUGGGUUGUUUUUGGAUCCGGUUCAAGAAAAUCAAACCAAUCCCCAAGAAUAAAGCUGUUGCAGAUCUUGAAUUUGGGGCUGACACCUUCUUCCCUAUGGUUCUCAUUCAGAUCCCUAUGUGUAAUGAAAGAGAGGUUUACCAACAAUCUCUAGCUGCAAUUUGUAAUUUGGAGUGGCCAAAGUCGAAAAUUUUGAUCCAGGUUUUGGAUGAUUCCGAUGAUCCAAUGGCUCAGUUGCUUAUUAAAGAGGAAGUGCAUAAAUGGCAACAAGUAGGUGCCCAAAUUCUGUAUCGGCACCGUGUGAUUAGAGAUGGCUAUAAAGCCGGUAAUCUUAAGUCUGCCAUGAGUUGUAGCUACGUCAAAGACUACGAAUAUGUCGCCAUUUUCGACGCAGAUUUCCAGCCCGCUCCCGAUUUCCUCAAACGAACCAUCCCCCAUUUCAAGGAUAAUGAGGAACUAGGAUUGGUUCAGGCAAGAUGGUCUUUUGUGAAUAAGGACGAGAACUUGCUAACAAGAUUGCAGAACAUAAAUUUUUCAUUUCAUUUUGAGGUAGAACAACAAGUGAAUAGCGUUUUCAUUAAUUUCUUCGGGUUUAAUGGGACUGCUGGAGUGUGGAGGAUUAAGGCUUUGGAGGAAUCCGGUGGUUGGCUGGAGAGGACUACGGUUGAAGACAUGGAUAUCGCUGUCCGAGCCCAUCUUCGAGGAUGGAAGUUCAUCUUCCUCAAUGAUGUUAAGUGUCCGUGUGAACUUCCUGAAUCAUAUGAAGCUUAUAGAAAACAACAGCAUAGAUGGCACUCUGGACCAAUGCAGUUGUUCCGCCUCUGUUUGCCGGAUAUUAUCCAUGCCAAGAUUAGUGUGUGGAAGAAGUUCAAUAUGAUCUUUCUGUUCUUCCUGCUUAGAAAACUGAUCCUGCCGUUUUAUUCUUUCACUCUUUUCUGCAUAAUUCUCCCCAUGACUAUGUUUGUUCCGAAGGCUGAGCUUCCGGCAUGGGUUGUCUGUUACGUCCCUGCUAUAAUGUCAUUCCUCAACAUCAUUCCAGCCCCGAGGUCAUUCCCAUUCGUUGUCCCAUACCUUCUCUUCGAGAAUAUCAUGUCAGUGACCAAGUUCAAGGCCAUGAUCUCUGGACUUUUCCAACUUGGUAGUGCAUAUGAAUGGAUUGUCACGAAAAAAUCUGGCCGAUCAUCGAAAGGUGAUCUUGUUUCCCUGGUUGAGGAAGAAUCAAAACACCAGCACGGGGGAUGCGAAUUCAAUCUCGAUGAAACCAAUGCGGAUCUUCAGCAAGAACCAAUUACCACAAAAAUGAAGCAUAAUAGGAUAUACACAAAGGAGUUAUCCCUUGCAUUCCUUCUUCUGGCAGCUUCAGCAAGGAGCCUCCUGUCUGCACAGGGUAUCCAUUUUUAUUUCUUGCUAUUUCAAGGGAUAUCGUUCCUUCUGGUUGGUCUGGACUUGAUUGGGGAGUAGGUGUAGGGGUCCGAUUAGGAAAUGGUGUUGCAUUACAUGGACGGAAGAAUAACUGAAA